GCUGGCACAAUGCGCGUUGUGGUUAUUGGAGCUGGAGUCAUUGGGCUGUCCACGGCCCUCUGCAUCCACGAGCACUACCACUCAGUCCUGCAGCCACUGGACAUGAAGAUCUAUGCAGAUCGCUUUACCCCACUCACCACCACUGAUGUAGCUGCUGGCUUCUAUCAGCCUUACCUCUCUGAUCCCAGAAAUCCACUGGAGGCGGACUGGAACAAACAGACCUUUGACUAUCUCCUGAGCCACCUCCAUUCUCCCAAUGCUGAAAAAAUGGGCCUGUCCCUAAUCUCAGGCUACAACCUCUUCCGUGAAGCUUUUCCGGUGAGUAUUGACCCACAGGACAACAUUGCUCCCACCUCUAUUUGACAGCCUUCUGAUCUAGCUCUGAUUCUGCCUUUUGCCUGCUGUGAUUCUAGCUAUGGCUGGUUCAACACAAGCCUAAUUCUGGAGGGAAAGACCUAUCUGCAGUGGCUGACCAAAAGGUUAAUUGAGAAGGGAGUAAAAUUCUUCCAGCGGAAGGUGGAGUCUUUUGAGGAGGUGGCAAGAGGAGGUGCGGAUGUGAUUGUUAACUGCACUGGGGUGUGGGCAGGGGCCCUGCAACCAGACCCCCUGCUGCAGCCAGGCCGGGGGCAGAUCAUUAAGGUAGAUGCUCCUUGGAUGAAACACUUCAUUAUUACCCAUGAACCAGAGCAUGGCAUCUACACGUCCCCAUACAUCAUCCCAGGGGCCCGGACAACUACUCUUGGAGGCAUCUUCCAGCUCGGGAAUUGGAGUGAACUAAACAAUAUCCAGGACCACAACACCAUUUGGGAAGGCUGCUGCAGACUGGACCCCACGUUAAAGGAUGCAAGAAUUGUUAGUGAAUUUACUGGCUUGAGGCCAGUACGCCCCCAGAUUCGGCUAGAAAGAGAACAACUUCGCAUUGGACCUUCAAACACAGAGGUCAUCCACAACUACGGCCAUGGAGGCUACGGGCUCACCAUCCACUGGGGCUGUGCCCUGGAAGCAGCCAAGCUCUUUGGGAAGAUCCUGGAAGAAAAGAAGUUGUCCAGGGUGCUACCAUCCCACCUCUGA